GAACCAACCGUCGUCAACGUUGCCAUUGCCAUUGCUGCUGGCGAGAUCCCCCAAACCCAUAAUUUCCUGCGCAGGGCACAUCGACACAAGCCAUGACGCCGAUCCGCACAUGCACGAACGCGCCUGCCACGGCCCAGCUCUUCGUCCAGCUCAGCCUCCGCCGGCGCUGCUGUAGCGCCCCGGCGAUGAUCCCGACGCAGCUCCCGAUCCUCGGGUACCUCCUCCUCCCGGCCGCAACCGCAGCACGUCGGGCCCGUCACGCCGGCGCAUCCGCGUCCCGCGCCACCGCCGCUGCCGCCGCCGCUGUAUCUCUCAGGAAUAUCCAGUUCGGCGGCGGCGACAGGUGGCGGGGACGUGCGGCAAGGCGGAUAAUCGCGGCACAGCGGCCACAGCAGCAGCAUCUGCGGCGAGGGUUCAGCACCACAGUACCGCGGCGGGCGGGGACGGAAGCUAUAUACAACCCGCAGAACGACGAGGACGGGAAGGAGAUGGUGCUAGAGAUCACCCCUCGGGCGGCAAAGCGCCUCUCCGACAUCAUGGGUCGUGACUCGAAUCCCUACCUCGCGCUGCGGAUCCAGGUCGAGAGCGGCGGCUGCCACGGCUUCCAGUACCUGAUGAGCCUGGUGACACUGCCGCCGGAGCUACCCUCCGCCCCCCCUUCCUCCUCCUCGGACACAGCCGCGGCGGAGGAGGAGGACGACUCUGACGGGGCGGCCAUCCGGGAAGACGAUACUAUAUUCGCCUACCUUGCCGGGGACGACGCCGAGGGGGAGAAGAAGAAGGCCCUGGAGGCUCCCAAGAUCAUACUGGACGGGCCGUCGCUGGACCUGCUGAAGGGGAGCAAGGUUGACUUCACCAUGGAGCUGAUCGGGUCGCAGUUCAAGAUUGUGGAUAAUCCCCUGGCGACGAGCAGCUGUGGUUGCGGGACGAGCUUUGAUAUCAAGAUGUAGUGGUCGCAAGGAGAACCGCUUUUGGUUUAUGAGAGGCUAUUAUUAUAUACUGGGACAACUGUAGAAGCAGAAGAGGGCCUCGAGGUUAUUAGAAGACAGGAUAGAAACAUCAUAAUGCAUGGACCUGGCGUUGAUUCUAGUGUCGCGAUGGUAUGUAUGUGUCGCAAAUUUGCUGUAACAGACUAGGUCACAUUUGACAAUAGG